AAUUCCAUUUCACCGGAAACUGCAGGUUCGAUUGCUCGUUGCUUUUACUACGGAUCCGGUGAACUUUCCGUGCGAGAAGCGAGUUGAUAUCGAUUUGGUUUGAGUGGGUGUUCUGCCCAAGAUGUCUUUCCCUCCUCAUCUCAACCGGCCACAAAUAGGCAUCCCAACGUUGCCGCCAGGAAUCCCUCCACCACAGUUUGCUGGGUUUCCACCGUCGAUGCCUCCUGGAACCCCAAUGAUUCCUGUCCACAUGGGCAUUAUGACUCCAGCCCCUGCGCUUUACAUGCCCGUUUCUGGAGUCUUUUUCAAAUCUAAGGUUCUCGUGCCCACGACGAUGACUGUGGUUAGUAAAGUUGCUGCUCCCAGGAAGGAAAGCGCUGCUCUGGCAAAAGACAGCAAUGACAGCAGCGGCCCCACGACCACCGUGUUUGUGGGCAACAUCUCUGAGAAAGCGUCUGACAUGCUCAUCAGACAGCUGCUGGCCAAAUGUGGUUUGGUAUUGAGCUGGAAACGAGUUCAAGGUGCCUCAGGGAAACUCCAAGCGUUUGGUUUCUGUGAGUACAAAGAACCUGAAUCUACUCUACGAUCUCUACGGCUGCUACAUGAGCUGCAGAUUGGAGAAAAGAAACUUCUGGUCAAAGUCGAUGCCAAAACCAAAUCACAACUGGAUGAGUGGAAAGCAAAGAAGAAGAGCACCAGUGAAAAUGGAAAUGGCAAGGCAGAGGAUGGUGCUGGUGAAGAGGAAGAGGAGGUUCUGGAUGAAGAAACUAAGAAGCGGGACCAAAUUGUCAAAGGUGCUAUUGACGGCCUGAUCCGGGAGUAUUCAAGUGAGCUGAACGCUCAGUCUCAGGACGAUGAGUCGAGUCGCCGCAAAAAGAGGAGGGAAAAGAAGGAUGAGGAUGACAUCAGUGCCAUGGAAAUGGAAGAUGACAAAAGAGAUCUGAUUUCCAGAGAGAUCAACAAAUUCCGUGAUACACACAAGAAAUUGGAAGAGGAAAAGGGGAAGAGAGAGAAGGAGAGGCAAGAGCUGGAGCAGGAGCGCAAGGAGAGAGACAAGGAGCGCGAGAGGGAACGCGAACGACGGGACCGUGAGCGGGAGAAGGACCGAGAGAGGGAGCGGGAGCGAGAGCGGGAGCGCGAGAGGGAGAGAGAAAGAGAUCGAGACCGUGAGCGCACCAAAGAGCGAGAGAGGGAGAGAGAGUGGGACAGAGACAGAAGCCGCGACCGCAGCGAAGACCGCAGUCAAUCCAGAGAACAGAGUCGCGAUAGAGACCGAGAUAAGGAGAAGAAGCGUGAUCGUGAGGAAGAUGAGGAAGAGGCAUAUGAACGGCGUAAACUGGAGAGGAAGCUGCGAGAGAAAGAGGCCGCGUAUCAGGAGCGCCUGAAGAACUGGGAGCUCAGGGAGAGGAAGAAAGCCAGAGACUACAGCAAGGAGAUGGAGCGAGAGGAGGAACGCCGGCGUGAAAUGGCUAAAGAAGGGAAACGGCUGAAGGAGUUUCUGGAAGACUAUGAUGACGACAGAGACGACCCAAAAUACUACAGGGGCAGCGCUCUUCAGAAGCGACUGCGGGACAGAGAGAAGGAGAUAGAACUGGAUGAACGUGACAGGAAGCGGGAGAAGGAAGAGCUGGAGGAGAUCAGACAGAGGCUGCUAGCAGAAGGACAUCCUGAUCCAGACGCUGAGCUGCGCAGAAUGGAGGAAGAGGCAGAGCGUUUGCGGCAGCCGCCCGUGAAGCCCGAGCCCGAGGAGGAGAGAGAGCACAAGCCCUCUCGUGAAGAGCGCGACCGAGGCCGUGAGAGAGAGCGACGUAAGCCUCACGUCCCCUCUGACGAUGAUGUAGAGGAAGGGGAGGAGCUAGAGGAAGAAGAGGAGGUAAAACCCUGCCUCAAACCCACCAUGCGGCCCAUCGUGGCCGCCCCCUCGGUGUCCUCAGCCAGCGGAAACGCCACGCCCAACACGCCCCGAGAAGAGUCGCCCUGUGGCAUCAUCAUCCCUCACGAGAACUCGCCGCCUGAGAUCCCGCUCCAGGAGGAGAACCGGCCCAAGAUCGGCCUUAGCCUCAAACUAGGUUCGACCGGUAGCCCAGGACAGCCCAGCGUAGCCAAGCGGAAGAAGCUGGCGGUGGAGAGCGUCUUCAAUCGCUUUGAUGAUGACGAAGUGGACGAGGCGCCUCGGAAGAGGAAGCUGGUGCCUUUAGACUACGAGGAUGAGGAGAAGGGAGCAGACGUGAGCGCAGCGGGCGGCGGCAAAGGAGUCAAUACAGAAGAGAAGCGCAAACACAUCAAGAGUCUGAUCGAGAAGAUUCCCACUGCCAAACCAGAGCUCUUCAACUACCCUCUCGACUGGUCCGUCGUCGACACGACCCUUAUGGAGAAGCGUAUUCGACCGUGGAUCAAUAAGAAGAUCGUAGAGUACAUUGGUGAAGAAGAAGCCACAUUAGUUGACUUUGUUUGCUCCAAGGUAAUGGCCCACAGCACACCUCAAGGCAUCUUGGAUGACGUUGCGAUGGUGCUGGACGAAGAGGCCGAGGUCUUCAUAGUUAAAAUGUGGAGGUUAUUGAUUUACGAAACCGAAGCCAAGAAGAUCGGCCUCGGGAAAUGAACAAGCACCGAACGCCGAUGAACUUUGCUUUUUACUUCCCGUUUGGGCCGGACAGCUCAUCUAGGUUUCAAAACAACUUGGGAAACUCAACCAUUUCCGACCUUUGGAGUGAAUACACACUGAGCCGUUUGAUUUCUCACGUCCCAGACGCCUCCUUCAGACCGCCAGCGACGAGUGCCGAGAGGAAGAGGCUCGAUUUCUCAGGGCCUUCCUGUUGAAUCCGUCUUCAGCGUAACUUCGUCUCGGCCGGUUAGCGCUUCUUUCUGUGAGGAAGCCGUUGUAAAUUGUUACUGUAAUGAUUGCCAAUCUUGUCUGGGUUGUGAUUUUACCGUUUCUCUUCUUUUGGUCGCACUCACCCACCGAACCAAAGAGUUUUCCCCAGUUGUUUCGCUAAAACUAAAGCAGUUGAUUGACCCCGACACUGUUCAGAAGCUCUCGCUAAACUGAUUGACAUCACAACGAUUGAUCGUCUUUGUUUUUGUACUUAUCAGUGGAUGUGUUUUGAAUAAAAGUGAUUCUUUUUUUUUAGUAAAAUAAUUUUGUGUGCUUU